AUGACUGGCUUAGCUUCUUCUCGUUUCCCCACUGAAGUACCUUCCACCUUCGCUCAGGCACAGGUUUCCAUUCGCCUGCGCCCCCCUACUAUCUCUGCUGCUGCUGCUGCAGUUGGGGGCCCCUUGUAUUCUGUUGUUUCAAAGAACUGCAUUUCAGUUGCUCUUCCGGGAGCGGCAAAAGAAAAAGCAAAUGCAUCUCCUGCUAGCCCCACGUCAGCCCCCUCUACUUCCUUCGGUGUCAGCGGGGAGGUUUUUGAUGCGAAUGCGGGCAACACGGCUCUGUAUGUGAACACCCUCCAGCCUCUUGUGCUCUCAUCAACAGAAGGAAUAAGCAGUUUGGUGAUAGCCUGCGGCACUUCUGCUAGUGGCAAAUCGCAUUCUCUUUUCGGAUCCCAUCAGUCUCCAGGAUUAAUAUUUUCUGCUCUUUCCGAUCUCUUUUCACAUAUCGCCUCGUACAACAACCCCACCUCCGCAUCUGCAAAGCACAUACCCUCUUGUGCUGCUGACGCCACUUGGACAGGGGGCCUCUUAGGAGCCCCCCAGAAAUCUCCCACGGGCACCAACAACAGACCCUUGGGGACUCUUCGUGGGAGCCCCUCUGAGGGCCCUCCUGAAGGCCCUUCUGGGGGCCCCUCCGGGGGCCCUUCUAGGAAGCCUUCUGGGGAAUCUUCUGGGGGCCCGUCCAAGGGUUCUUGUAAUUGUCCCUGCGAAGAGGCAGGCGUGCUGGGUGGUGAGUUUAGCGUGCGUAUUUCUUUUGUGGAGAUUCGAGGGGAAGAUGUGGGGGAUUUGCUGCGGGGCUGUGAGGGGCAUUAUUGGCCUGGGCAGCGGAUUCCACCCGUGUGUACAAGAGAUUCGGAGAGAAAAGGAGAUAGCAACGGAGAGACACAUAGUCCUGUUAAAGAAGCAGAUGUACACACACUCGAAGAAGCCGUGCACCUCGUGGCAAGGGCUGUCGCAUUCAAGAAGGCAAGAGACGCUGUCUUGGGCAGUGAGGGGACCAACUGUCUCCUCAGACUGUCUGUGGAGCGAGCGUGUUGUCUCCUUUGCCCCCAGCACUCCCCUGCAGCAGCAGCAGCAGCAAGAGCAGCAGAGGGGAGAGGGGCAAGGGCAAGGCCAGUAGACGAAGGGAGACAGACUGAGGCUUCCUCUCCCAAGGAGUCAGUUUCAAUCCUAAAGGCAGAUAUUACUUUCUUCGAGGCCGCCGGAGUAGAGACACUCUUGAACCAGCCUUCAGGAAGUUCGGUUAACAGGAGUUUGUUUUAUCUGACAGAGUGUCUGCUGCGUCUAUCGGAGUCCCCUGCUUCUUUGGAUUCAUUUGCAUGGGGGGCGUCCGCAGCAACAACUCUUUUGAGGGGCCCCCUUGAGGCUCCCGGCUUUCUACUACUGCUGGCUACUCUCUGCCCCUCCCGAGAGUCUCUCGCACCUUCUCUCGCCGUCCUUCGCCUCGCCAGCGCAGUUUCCGGCAUCCGCAGAAGAAUUGAAAGACAGUUCCUGCCUCCCCACAAGUCCCGCCUGUUCUCUCUUCACCGUUCGAUCCUCUUGGGCGGCGGGGCAGACUGGCGACUUCUGGAGGGGUCUCGCGUAGGUCGUUUGUGCCGCAUGCUGGAGCGCCUUCAAGGCAGCAGCCGCUUUAUGCGUUUUGCUUUGGCUGAAGAAGAACUCCCUUUUCAAUUGCAAGUGCCUUCUGUAGAGCCCUUCAGGGCACCCAAAAGCAGCAAAGCAAAGCAUGCACCUUUAAACGUUCCUCCCCUCUCCCUCAAAACGAAAGACAAACCCACGGAGUUCAGCCCUAUUGCCGAGGUGCCUAUUCACCUUAGCUUAUCCGGAACACCAGCAACAGCAGCAGCAACAGCAGCAGCAACAAAUGGUGACCCUAUUAACCUCACAGCCCUUCACUUCGGCACCGAUGAUAUAGAAGAGGGGCCCCCCUACGCUGGGGAGGGGCCCCCGUACCCCCGGGAAGGCUUCAGUUGCGCAGCUGUUCGCCGUUUGUUCAGCAAUGAAAAAAGGGAGGGCCCCUCUCCUGCUGUAAAUACACCACAAACAAACGAGACAAAAAGGCCCCCCAGCGGCAAUGAAGGGGUCCCCGAGCGAGGGAGCCCCGAGAAUCCAGGCCCCGAGGAAAGGGGCCCCGAGGAAAGGGCCCCCCAAGAAGGGAACUCACCCGAUCCGCCUGCUGCGGAACCUUCUCCCCAUCUUAAUGAGGGCCCCGCACUUCUGAGUCCUAACGCCUUCGCUUCACCAGAGACAGCAACAGCAAUAGCCGGAGAAGCGGCAGCAGCAGCACCAGCAGGAGGGUUCCGUGAAAACGGGGACACGGAGCCUGAGUUGAAUGAAGCCUUAGGUAUCGGUACACCAGAAGAGGACUUGCCGGGCGUCAUGGGGCCGCAGCAGCCUACUGUUUGGCAUCCGCCUCCCCUGAGUAUCUCUGAAGCCCUUGUGGUGUACCCACGAGAUGUCUCUCCUCUUCCAACACCUCUUUACUCAGAGACAGAAGAUGCAAAGGAAAGGGAGGGCGAGGCACAGCACACAAGGCUCUUUUUCAAAGUUCAACUGAGGCUGAAGGCAGAACCUCCUCUUUUUCAGGGGCCCCACGGGAGGGCCUCCCCCGCAAGGCAGCAACAGCAGCAGUUAGCUUCACACUCCACCGCGGAGGAAGAAAAGCACGAGAAGCGCCAGAACAACGCAAACUGUUUCACCCCACGAUUCAACACACAAAAGGAAGGGAACGGAGACGAUCCCCUCGAGGUGGGUUCCAAAGGCCGCCCUUCAACAGCAACGGCCCCCCGCCACACCAGCAGCAGCAGUAGCGCAUCUAAUGACAAGGAAGAUAGCAGCAGGGUCGGCCGGAAACCGGAGAGAUCAGAAGAGAGCAGGAAAAAGCUCUUGAGGGAGGCCUCGGCGCUUCGGAACGAAGUGAUGAGCCUCAUCCAGGAGAGUCCAACUGACAAGAUUUGGGGGCCCCCCCAGCUCGGCAUAUCUACUUCCCCUAAGAGGGGGCCCAGCCCUUCGCCGCCCAUUCUUUCAAAUCAUAUCUGCAGCAGCAGCCCCCGCUUGUCUCCUCGUGACAGAAGCGCCCGUGAGGGCUCUUCUGAGGGGCCCCUGAACCCCACAGGGAGGAGCCCCGUGCAGCAGCGCUGCGCGCAAGUUGCGCGGGCUCAAGAUGGGCUUCCAGAGGGCCCCCGGACCAUGUCUUGCGGUGCAGGGGGCUCUGGAUGCAACCUAUACUGCGUGCAUGCCCACGUCCCCCUGUCCCCUGCUAACGCUGUCUCUCCGUGCUGGGGCCACCCAGCUCAUCAGGGAGCCCCCCAGCCUCAGCAGGCGUAUCUUCAGCUUGUUGAAAUGCCUUGUGCAGUACCUCCAGGCCCUUGGGGCCCCCCAGGCACUACUUCUUCUGCGGUCACCUGCAAGGAGCACCCGACGACCUGCAUGCAGAUGGGGGCCCCUGAAUACCCGCAGACAGCUCCGGCUGUGCAGAUGCAGGGCAACUCCAGGGGUCGCCCAAGGGAACCUCAUUUGACUGAAGCUGACCGCCGACUGCCACACUUCAGGGCUUCAAAGGGUGGGGCCUCCUGGGAAGUCCCUGCCCGUCGUGCUGCUACAGAAGCACCAUCAGCUCGUACUACAGCAGCGGAUGCAAGAGAAGCAGCAGAGGAGGAGGAAGGCAGCAGCUACUGUCUGCCAGAGGAGCCGAGGAGGCGCUACAGGCCAACAGAUAGCAAGAGCGAUUUACUGCUGCAGAGUUCCCUGAGGCCCUGGACGCGGAGGGGGCGUUCCCCUGCUUCUGCCUCUGUGUCUUCUACGUAUCUUCGGGGAAAGACAAGAGCACAGGGCCCUCUUGCUCAUCAGACGAGGACGCCUGCACGCGAGUUGCUGGGGGACCCUGGCCCAGAAAAGGGCCCCCAACGAGACACCCGGGCGACCCACCCACGCCAACCUGCAAGCUCACUCCCAGCCUCGCGUGUGCCUCCAACAGCAAAUACAGUCCCCAAAAUGCCAGCGCCCCACGCUGUACGUACACCUCAAUUUGCUGGCCUUCCCGGGCAACUGAGGGCGCCCAUCUUUGUCCCCUCGACUGCGGGUGUCUCGGGGGCCCGCCUGAGGCCCCAAAAUUACGAGCUGCAGGUCAAGGGCCAGGCGACUCUAUUUUGCGGCGGUUGCGACACCAGCAAUUCCUCAGGGGGCCUUCCCUCCUCCCUGAGUUCAGCUGCUCCCACAGAAAGAGGAGAAAGGGAAAGGGUAGACAAUCAAGCGAAGACCGUCCCCAGAAGCGAGCAGCCUGUUCCAGAAACUGGUGCAGCAGGACCUGCUGCUGCGGCAGCAGCCGCUGCAGCAAGAGAGAGGGACCUCAGCUCCUCUGUCGGAAGAGGGACCGCCCUGCAUGGUGCUGCUACUUUUGCACCCAAUGAUCCACAACGCAGUCAGAGCGGACAACAGCACAUGCAACAGCGACUGCCCCAGCAACAGCAACUGCAGCACCACCAGCAGCAACAGCAAGAGCAUCAGCAGCAGCACGUGCAGCAGCAGCUAACCGGAUCACGAAUGCAAGACACCAGAACGUGGAGUGUUUCGGCGCCCCCGUCGCAUGCACCAAGUGGUGAAGUUGAGUCCCUACCCAGCCUCUCUGCUGCUGCUCUUUCUUUGAGGGGUGGUCAUUCUGAGGGGUCCCCCGGAUCUCUGAGGGACCCCAACCAUCCACAGACAGGGAACCUGCCUUCUCGAGGGUCGUCAGGCAGUUUCGGCGCCCCCCACAGGGAAGGGACCCCCUCCAGGGGCUGCCCUCCCCUCCAAGUGGCUUCUCCGGGUACGGCGCAUCCUGCGUUCCCCCCUGCCACACCACAUGUUCAGGUCCUGCACUCGCCUGUUCCCCCCAGCAGCAGUUGCGAGGGACCCCUGAACGGGCCCCCCUCUAGCGCACCUUUUGGCCCCUCUGUAUCUUGGGCUCCCGCGUCUUUCAAUGGCCUCUGCGGAGUCCAACCUACGUGCAGUCCCAGGGCAAUCCGCUGGGUCCCGGGGUUCCCUGGGACACCCCUGCUCCCUUAUUUGCCUGCGAGAAUUGUAAAUGUUGUCAAAAGAAGUCGCGAAGGCAUUGCCACAGAUUUCGCGCUCGGCAAAGAGAAAAGCAGGACCGUAUACCCCCCAGAGCAGCCCCUCAACAUUCCCUUGGCUUCGGUGGGCCCCGCGGAGCUCCUCCAAGCAGGCGGCCCCUCUUCCAAUAGCGGGGCUUACUGCGCAAAGGUCUUUGGAGGAGAAGGUACAGUGCCGUCUGCUGCAGCAGCUGAAGCAGCAAAUCCCUACGCAGGGCCUUCUCCUGUGUCCGUCUGCUGCCAGCCCUCUACUGUGGUACCGGAACAGGCACAGAUGCAGCCUAUCUUCUUCCCUGGGGGCUCCCAAGAAGAAACAACACCCCAACCCACCUUGCGUCCUCAGGGCCCCUCACCUUACUAUGCCUACCCACCAACUCUGUCUGUUUUGGGGUCGCAGGGCCCCGCAAUGCCGUACGGGGCACGGGCCCCGCAAUUAGCUUCCUCAGGCCCUACCCCAACGGGGCACUCAAGGGGGCCCUCCAGGUGCCCGCGGAGCUCUUCUGUAGGGCCACCGCACGCUCCAGCUCAUGGGUCUUCUGAAGUUCGCAGCAGCAGCAGUGGAGCAGCUGCUGCUGCUGCCUCUUUCCGUGAGCAUCCGUCGCGUGGGGAUCCGGUGACGAUGGUGCGCACUGCAAGCAUCGAGGAAGACGGAGAUGCGAAUUGUUUUGAUGAUUGCUUGGCGGUUCUCAAUGCGAGGGUCGGACGCUGCUAUCGUAGGAGGCCCAAUAUGCCUCCAGGACAAACCCUUGCGGGGCUUCCUCCCUGCCCCUUCAGAAGAAGGAGGAGUGUUUCUCGCGCAAGCAACAGGAAGGCAACCGCCCCCCCGACUUGUGCAGCGGCCAAGCCCCAGGGAGAGCAAGGGGGGGACCCGCACAGCUGCGAACUCAGCAUUUCCUGUGGUGUGGGGGGACAGUAA